AUGACGGAACUUGCACAGAGAAUCGAGCUCAGCUCGGGCUGGACGUUCAAGCAAACGGAUGAGGGGGAAGAUGCCUGGGCGCCUGUCGCGAAGGUGCCUACGGUGUCCCAUCUCGACCUCAUGGCAAAUGGCCGUAUCCCGGAUCCAUUCCUCGGGCUCAAUGAGCUUGAUGUCGAGUGGGUUGGCGAAAAGUCGUGGACAUAUCGCACGACCUUUGCAGCGCCGGACGGGGCGGCGACCUCUUCAGUUUACCUCUUGUUUCAGGGAUUAGACACUUUCGCAAAAGUGACACUGAACGGAACUGUCGUGUUGGAGAGCGACAAUAUGUUCCUUAGCCAUCGUGUCGAUAUCACCAAAGUGGUGAAGGAUUCCAAUACGCUGGUCAUCGACUUCGACAGCGCACUCUUGCGCGGCAGAGCACUUGAGAAGGAGCACUCUGACUAUCGUUUCAUCGCUCACAAUGGUGAGACUGGACGACUUGCGGUGAGGAAGGCUCAGUAUCACUGGGGGUGGGACUGGGGACCUGUUCUCAUGACUGCCGGCCCGUGGAGACCUGUUUACCUUGAAGUAUCCUCGUCGCACAUUGACGACUUUUGGGUCAAGUAUGAUGUCUCGGAGGACUUGUCUGUCGCUACCGGCACUGUUGAGGUUCAUUCGUCUGGCGAAGUGGACGAGAUCCGGCUCUCCAUCGGCAAGAACGGUGGGAGCUUGUUUUCUGGCUCGUCAAGCCAUAGAAAAGACGGCAAAGCCAAUGUCGAGUUCAAAGUCGAGGAUUUGAAGGCAUGGUACCCGGUCGGAUAUGGUGAGCAAUCGCUGUAUGAUGUUACCGUGGAAAUCGUCAAGAAUGGGUCUGUCGUCGAUCGCAAGACAAAGAGAACUGGUUUCCGCCACAGUGAGCUUGUGCAAAAGGAUGACGCCCACGGGCAAUCCUUUUACUUCCGCGUCAACCACGUGGACGUCUUCGCGGGAGGGUCCUGCUGGAUCCCCGCCGACAACUUCCUACCAAGGCUCACACGUGAGAAGUAUAGAGAGUGGCUGGAACUGAUGAUUGAGGGAAAUCAGAUCAUGACAAGAGUCUGGGGUGGCGGCAUAUACGAAGACGACGCGUUCUACGAGAUUUGCGACGAGCUCGGCAUUCUUGUAUGGCAAGACUUUAUGUUUGCCUGCGGCAGCUAUCCCACAUGGUCCUCGCUUAGGGACUCUGUUGAAGCUGAAGCCAGGCAAAAUGUUAGACGUCUACGACAUCAUCCUUCGAUUGUCCUUUACGCCGGAAACAAUGAAGACUACCAAAUCCAGGAGGGAUACAAUCUCGACUACGACUAUGAGAACAAGGACGCAGAGUCGUGGCUGAAGUGCAGCUACCCGGCUCGCUACUACUAUGAGCAUCUGCUGCCCAAGGUCAUUGCAGACGAAAGCCCGAGUGUCCCUUAUUGGCCCAGCUCUCCAUUCUCGAACGGCAAGAGGUCAGAUGACUUGACUGUCGGCGAUGUGCACCAAUGGAACGUCUGGCACGGAACACAGGAAAAGUACCAAACCUACGCGAAAAUUGGAGGCCGAUUUAACAGCGAAUUUGGUCUUGAGGCAUUCCCUCAGCAGGCAACCAUUGAGCACUUCGUGACGAAGCCUUCUGAGUUAUACCCUCAGUCUCACACGCUGGACUUUCACAACAAGGCCGACGGCCACGAGAGACGCAUCGCGACGUACCUGGUUGAGAACUUCCGACCUCCCACGGACCUGCAGUCUCAUAUCUACCUGACCCAGCUUUCCCAGAGCGAGGCCCUUGCUUACGCCUAUCGAGGCUUCCGGCGCCAGUGGGGUCACGAGCGCCACUGCGGCGGUGCCCUCGUUUGGCAGAUAAAUGACUGCUGGCCAUGCACUUCUUGGGCAAUCGUCGAUUUCUUCCUUCGCAAGAAACCUGGCUUCUACACUGUUGCGCGGGCGCUGCGCCCAAUCACCGUUGGAGUCCAGCGGGAACAUCACGACUGGAGCGUGUGCCACGCCCGACCGGCAAAGAAGUCGCCUUUCAACGUGUGGGUGUCGAGCAGUGAGCUCAAGGAGACUACUGGAGAUGUCGAGAUUCGCUUCUUCUCGGUGGAGACGGGUGCAGAGGUCAAGUCCCCGAUCGUCAAGUCGAACGUGACAAUCGCACCCAACGGCACGACCGAGGUCUAUGCUGGCGAGAUUGACAACGUCAGCGAAGAGCCGCACGUUGUCGCUGUGCGUCUUCUUUCUGGUGGAAAGGUGGUUGCCCGUGAGGCCGAUUGGCCUCAGCCGCUUAAGUAUCUGGCCUUCCCGGACCGAGGUGUGAAGAUCGAGGCAUCGGCUGGAAGAUAUGUCAUCACGGCAGACAGGCCAACCAAAGGGUUGGUGUUGGAAGAAAAGGACGGGGUUCGUCUCAGCGACAACGGCAUUGAUGUCAUGCCUGGGGAUGAGCAGGUGAUUGACGUAGAUGGAUCAUCCGUCAAAGAGGGCACGCCAGGCUUCCAAUACCUUGGCAUGAGUUAG